AUGCCCCUCAAACGGGAUGUUAUACAAGGGCUGCGUGGUUGGAGUAUAGUAUUUAUCUUGCUGUUCUACACAUAUAGCAACUUAUUUCCCAAUGGAUAUGUGGGAGCUGAUGCAAUAUUAGUUAUUUGCGGUUUUGUGGCCGGCUAUGCUCUUCGAAGAGAACGGGUUCUUGAUUCAGCGACUAUCAAGGAGUUCUAUCUAAAAAAGUAA